CUGUGCUAAGAAGCACAUUUGGUUUCAACUGAUAGUGCCCAUAAAAUUAUUGACACAAAUUACUAAAAAAAAAAAUAAAAUCAUUCGCAUUCGCUAAAAUCAUUCAGUAAUUAAACUUAUUUCCCCAGGGUAACCAUUGAACACCUCUCCGACUCUCUAUAACCCUGCUUGUGACGUCCCCCCGUUUAACCGUGCUCUGUUGCUCUGAGUCACUGUAGCAUUUGGUUGGUGCCUUACCGAGAAACAGUCGAAGGGAUCUGGGCGGGACCGAAUCGCCUCUACUGCUUGCACUUCUUUACUCUGAAAUCUCCAUGAUCCACCUGGACGACCGCUUGAUAGCACAGGUUUCCAAAUUUCUCCCCCAACUGCCACUGGUCAGCCAAACAGGGUUUAAACAUUUGACCAGGAAAGGUGACUAUGAGGACUGAGACAGGGCCUGGGACUGAGGUGACACCCCAACAUAAGGGUACUGAAGUUACCAUUCCAGAGUCAGACUCAGAUGGUAAAAUGGCGAAAGAGGAUGUCAAGCCUCAUGAUGACUCUGGAGAUGUACAUGAUGCAUCAGACAGAACAACGUCCAACAAGAGCCCAAGAUCCCCUCAGAAAGGCUCCAAACGCUCCAAGACCGUACCCUUUAAAAUCGCACUUUUGGACAGUUCUAUUUAUGAAGAGAACAUUGAGAAACUGUGUAAGGGGCAGGUUCUCCUGGACCUGGUUUGUGAACAUCUAAACUUGUUGGAAAAGGACUAUUUCGGCUUGACCUUCAGUGAUUCUGACAGCCAAAAGAACUGGUUGGACCUGUCCAAAGAGAUCAAGAAACAGAUGAGAACAUCUUCUUGGCAAUUUAAUUUUGCUGUCAAGUUUUAUCCACCGGACCCCUCCCAGUUAAUGGAAGACAUUACAAGGUACUACCUGUGUUUGCAGCUGCGAAAUGACAUCCUCUCUGGCCGUCUGCCCUGUUCCUUUGUCACACAUGCUUUGCUGGGUUCCUACACCGUGCAGGCAGAACUGGGAGACUUUGACCAAGAUGACCAUGGCUCCGACUAUGUUAGUGACUUCCACUUUGCCCCCAACCAAACUCGUGAACUGGAGGAGAGGGUGAUGGAACUGCAUAGAACUUACAGGGGAAUGACACCUGCUGAGGCGGAAAUGAAUUUCUUGGAAAAUGCAAAGAAACUCUCCAUGUACGGUGUCGACCUGCAUCAUGCUAAGGAUUCAGAAGGGAUUGACAUAAUGCUGGGCGUGUGUGCCAAUGGUCUAUUGAUUUACCGUGACAGGCUGAGAAUCAAUCGAUUUGCCUGGCCAAAGAUCCUCAAGAUUUCCUACAAAAGGAGCAAUUUCUACAUCAAAAUCCGCCCUGGAGAGUAUGAGCAAUUUGAGAGCACCAUUGGCUUCAAGCUUUCUAAUCACAGAGCUGCCAAGAGGCUAUGGAAGGUUUGCAUUGAACACCACACCUUUUUCAGGCUAGUGUCUCCUGAGCCACCACCGAAGGGCUUUCUGGUGAUGGGUUCAAAGUUCAGAUACAGUGGAAGGACCCAGGCCCAGACACGGCAGGCCAGCGCUCUGAUCGAUCGGCCCGCUCCCCACUUUGAACGGUCCACUAGCAAAAGAUACCUUCUUUCUCGCAGUCUAGAUGGAGAAUUUUGUCAACCGGUAUCCACACUGGGUGAAAUUCAUGAUGGUCUGUCUCAGAAGAGUGAGAGUGAGCAGCCGCAGUUUCUUUCUGGAGAUGAAGCUGAUGCCGACCUCAGUCUGGAUCAAGACCAGGAACAGGAUCAAGAGCAUAGCAACAGUGAAGAGACUGUUACGACGCCUACAGGAAAAAAGGACAUUAAGAAGGAGUCAACCCCUCUACACAAGCAGGAGUUUCUAGACAAAUCAGAGGAUGUUCUCUUGAAGCACCAAGCCAGCAUCAAUGAGCUGAAGAGGGCCCUGAGGGAGCCCAACAGUAAACUGAUGAACCGGGAAAAACAUCUGUCAGGCGGCACUCCAGAGAAGAAGGCAGAGCUGGCCAUCUAUCAGGAGGCUGUUGGUGCAGGGGUAUGGGAACCUGACAACAGCCUCUCGGUGGAGGGCUUCAUCCAGAAGACUCUAGUAACUUCACAUGAGGGCUCUGAAGAACGGGUGUUGCUCGACUAUGAAAUGGAGGAGAAAGGAAAGUACAAAGCUAGUACACCUCCACCUUCUCUGGUCAUUGAUCUCCUUCCAAAGGAGGAGACAGAAAAACAACAGGAAAUUGCCAAGAUGACACACGUUGACCUAAUUGGAGAGGACAGUGAUGAAACACAAUUGCACAUGAAGACUAUUGCAACCUCAAAAAUAUCACUAAUGGACAAGUCAGGUGAAUCUAAGCAAAAUACCAUCACAGGGGAAGAUGCCACAUCUAAGAUUAAAUCUAAAUUGUCUCAUGAAAUAUCAAAAAAAGAGCCUACACCACUUGCCGAGUCUCAGCCUAACAACAAGAUUACCAUUACAGACAUCAUGGAGGAGAGUUCUCAACAUAAAGACAGAAGGGAAAAAAGACCUCAAAGCUUAAACUUGGGGAAGUCAAGGGACUUUGUGUAUGAGACAGAAGCCAAAGGUUCAAACAUCACACAUGAUGUAGAGUCUGAUGAGGACAACAAUACUGAAUUUAUAAAGGAGAUUGUGAUCUGUCAUCCUGAAAAUUUCAGCACAACAGACACAUGGGCAUCAUCCAUGGCUGAAAAGCUAAAUCAGCCAGCCACAAAUACAUAUGCUGCAACACCGCUUAAAGAAAACGCAGAGUUUGACAGAAUAAUGGGAAUAGACUUGCAGAUUCCCAAUCAGGGAGCAAGAAAGAUGCAUGAAAGUUCGCAUGAUUCAGGAAAGUCUGAUGAUGCAAGAAAUUUUGUAGAAUGUCAAGAGCAGCUAUCCAACGAAGUGAAGAUUAUGAACACUGAAGGCAAACAAGAAAACCCAGAUUCAUUCAGUGGCCCUGGCAAAGAUGAGCAGAAAAGUGUCAAGGCUGAUAUCAGAUUUGAAGUCAUGAAAGUCAUCAUGAUUGAUAAUAGCGAGAAUGAAGCGAAAUCUGGAAAAGCAAAGAAGAAAGAAACAGAAGAUUUGGUUCUUGAAAAGAAGAUAAGCAAUUUUGAACUGGAAGAAUCUGCAGAGAUCCAACUGGCCAUGGAACUGAGAAAAACUAGCCAGAGAGUUACUGGACAUGUGAGAACAGAUAUAACAAGAAUUGUUCCAUUAAAACCUGAGAGAGUGAGGAGCCAAGGCUACAAAGAUGACCUAGAUAUUGGACAAGGCUCUGAACUAAUAAAAAAAAGUUUUAAAAGAUACAGUAUGAAUGAAUCUUUCGUGAGACACUUUGACCCUUGUAAGUUCGAGAGCAGGGACACUAGCUAUUUCCAUGAAAACUGCACCACAAGUCUAGUGAAAGGUAAUACAAGUCAGGAAUUAUCUUUAGCUAUCAAGGACAUCUGUGUGUGCUCAGAGCAUCAAGCGAUAAAGAGUCUUGAGAGUUCACCAAAAGAAAGGGGUAUAUGGAAUGAAGACACUACAAAACAUACCAGCAGAAUAGUCCACAGAGAUCUUCUGCAUACUGAUGAGAGAAUUUCAGAACUUCACUUCUCCAGACAGACAGUUAACCAAAAAAUUGCCCCUCCAACACCUCCAGUCAAAACAAAGAAAGCAAGAGAAUCAGGUCUCUUUCUGCGCAAUAGUCGCAUUUUCAGCAAAGACCCAACUCUUGAAGCCAACAAAAAGAACCUUCUGGAGCCUCUGUCCACUGCUUCUACUUUUGAAGACCCAGAAUAUGAUGUUAAGCAGCAAUCUCACUCUGCCGUGGAGGACGACUAUAAUUGUGAGUUUGCUGGCUUGAAGGACCUGGCCAUCGAGAGGAAAUGUUCAAGUAUGACUGUCAGCUCCACUUCAAGCCUGGAAGCUGAGGUGGAUUUCACUGUCAUUAUGGACUUACACAGUGAUGUGGAGGAAUUUUCUAGAGGCAUGACUGAGUUGGUUGAGAAGGACAAAUUAGAGCUGGGCAGGGAGAGUUUUGACAACACUCCCAGGUCUCACUCAACCUGUCACAUGAAUUUGCAAGAUGUAUCACCAGGAAGAGAACAUCUCCUUGAAGGUUGUGGUCACCAAGAUAUAGAACCUCCCCCUGUUGCCAAGAAAGACCCCAGUGCAGUGAAUGCAGCCCAGAUGUUGAGAAAAGGAACAGUUAAAAUGGAACUGCAUUCUAAUGGCUCUGAGGCUCCUGUCAAAGACAUCACUGAUCAUAAACUGGAGAGCAGAGUUAAGGAGCCAAAAGAGAAUGAGUCCCCUGUAAGGUCAAACAGUCUAGAAAGACACUUUGUUGCUUCUCCUGUCACCGUCACUACAGAAAACAUUACCUCAGAAACCACGACUCAAGUGACCAAGACAGUGAAAGGAGGUUAUGCAGAGACCAGGAUUGAAAAAAGGAUCAUCAUAACAGGAGAUGAUGAUGUGGAUCAACAUCAGGCCCUCGCCAUGGCAAUACAGGAGGCCAAACAACAGCACCCUGAUAUGCUGGUGACUAAGGCCAUAGUGGUCAGGGAAACAGACUCUUCAUGUGAAGAGAAACAUCGAACAUAUGAGUCUUGAUCAAUAGAAGGUGCUAUUUGGAACAUGGAGAGAAGAUCAGCUCUGGUUCUAUGUAUUUCAGUUGAAAGGAGUUGAGCUACUUAUGCUACUGAACAGUUUGCUCAAAACAAAUCACCCAUGCACCCAGUCCUCUGCCAUCACACUCUAAUCUGUCCAUUUUAGUGAUCUCCCAUCAUCUGGUGUCUUUACAAUGUUCUGUACCAUUCGGAGUACUUUCACCAUAUCAACAGUAGUCUGAAUUAUCUUCAGUCUUGUAUAAAUGUCAGUAGUUUAACAUUUAAUUAGAGGGGAUUUUUAAAAAAAUGCUGAAAGUGUUGGAAAACUAAUACUAUCAUGCGUGCACUUUAUUCUGUGACAUCAGACUUAGUUCCUAGAAUUACCUUUUUUGAGCUCACAGCUUUUUUUGAACUCUUCCUGAAAUUGGAAAUUGUAAAAAAAAAAAAAAAAAUCCUUAAGAUUUAGGCUUCCAUUUAAAAUUCAUGCAUGACUUUCAAGGAAUUACCUGAAAAAGUAUAAGAAUGGACAUACACAGAAGCUACGUACUUGAUGGCCAGCUUCAUAUUUUUAAAUAAUAUUUGAUCAAGUGUUUGCUUGUAAAUUAUGAAUAUUUAUCAUUUCAGCUGUCUUAUGCAUAUGCAGAAAUUUUGGAUGUUUGAAGUAUAGCAUUUUGAAAGAUACCCACACCUGUUAAUAAAUGAAAAGAAUGUAUACCCCACAUCAAAACAGCUGAACAAAGCAGAAUUACAUAUGCCAUAAUAAUAAUUUUAAAAAAAAUUCACAUACAAAAUUGAAAUCCAUGUGGCAUUUUAAGUUGUGGGAAGAUGUGGCAAUGAUUAUACAAAAAAUAAAAAAAUAAAAAUAAAAAACAUUGCUUCUUCAACCUUUUUUUCAACUAGGUCAACUGAGUAUCCUCAACAUUAACUUGGCUCCAUUCUAAAUCUUGUUGACUUAUUAGGUGACAUUUUUAAGGCAUCAUUAACCUGACACAAAGGCUGUUCAGAAAGAUAAUUAUACUGCUGUCUUAGAAACCUUUGUUGUCUAAAUUCUAAGCAACACUUAUAAAUAAGGAAAUUCCAUAAUAAAUUUUAAUGGGCUCAGUGAAAAUAUCCAAUCCAAGAUGGUGGUUGUAGUUAGAGAAAUGUUGCUUAUAUAGAAUCAAUUAAAUAAUAAUGUUUUAUAAAUAACUAAAAAUGUGUAUUUUUAUUUUUAUUAGAGUAUCAUGUCAUUACAUUGUUUAUUUAAAUAAAUUUCUCAGUCUUCUUUGUGGAAUGGUGUUUGACAUAUUGUAUUGUUGAAUGUUUUAGAUCUUUUAAAUUCAGUUGUUUCAGGAUGUUGCCUUGGAAGGCAGUAGACAAAGCAAAUCACAAGUUUGUGUUCUAGUUACUGAUGCUUGAUCAAUAAAAUUAUUUUAGUUUUUUAAAUAUUAUUUUUUAGAUUUCCAGUGAGUUCUAUUUAAGUUAUGCUAUAUGACUUUGGCUUUAUGACUUUUUUUAUAUGCUCGCUUAAUGUGAGCUUCUGGGUUUUCCAUCUCUAUAAAUUGUCACCAUACAGCAGUGUGAAUGUAACAUUAUAUCUGACCUACAGUAUGUGUAUAUUCCAAUCAAAAAGCAUAACACCUAUUUAAAAAAAAAUACAUAUAAUUAUAAAAUUAUGCAUUGUCAUGAAAAACAAUCAUCAUAUAAAAUGUAUGUUCUAUGCAUUCUAGUGCAGUAACCUAAAAGAAAACCACUAACAGAGGGGUACUAGAUACUGUGAGCUCUUCCUUUCAAGACUUCUGCAAUAAUUAAUGUUUAAAGAUAAAACUGUGAUUAUACAUACUGUGUUUAUUCCACAUUACAUAUAUGCACCAAUGUGUCACUGUUAACCAUGGUUUUUGUCUCUGUAUGUACACUACUUCUCAACACUUUCUCCUGAGGGAUGGAAGCUUGGGAAAUGUCUGCAGAAAAAAAUCUGCAGAAUUUUUGUGGACCUGCUCAAAAGUUAAUCCUACUGUUCAUUUUGGAAAAAUGUUACUACGUUGUUGUGUUGAAGGGAGGGAAAAUUCUCAUAUGUAGAUGCAAGGGCAUCAUCAGGUUUCAAGCAGUUAUUAUUAAGAAAAAAGUUAAUGGAAUAAAGGACUGUUACUGAGAUAAACAUGACAA